AUGAUGUCCAAGGUAGAGUGUAAUACACAAGUUGGAUUAAUUUGUGAAAACAAAGAUCAAUUCCCACCCAUAUGUUAUGACUAUGAGAUAAAGGUGAAAUGCUGUAGGAAAGUGAAUUGCCCAACAACAAUACAAACUUCUACGCAAGAAACAACGCCUUUUUCUACCACCUCACCUACACCAGUAACACCUACUAUAACACCGGUUACAACCACACCUACAACAAGUACUACUACAACAACAACUGCACCACCUAUUACCAGACCUGUUGUAACAACAACACCUACAACAACCGCUAUUACAACUACUACAAUACCCACAACUCCUUCUACAACCUCUCCUACAACGAAAACUACCCCAGUACCAAGUACUGAAACACUGUUAACAGUGACCGCAUCUACAACAACAACUACCAUAACAACAACUGCAUCUCCAACUACGACAACUGUUUCGACUACACCACUUGCUACCACAAGCCCAACCACUACAUCUACAACCUCUCCUACAACAACAAUUACGACCACAACAGUUCCACCAACUACCACCCCUGUUUCAACAACCACUCCCACAAAAACCUCUCCUUCUUCUACUACCAAACCCACAACAACGCCUUUUUCAACAACAACUCCCCCAUCAACUACAGCCUGUUUGGGUAUAAUGACCUGUGAAUGGUCAGAUUGGUUUAAUCUUGGAGCACCAACAACUGGUCCAAAUGGUGGAGAAGAUGAAUCUAUCCAGAAGAUAAGAGCUGAUGGGCACGACAUCUGCUCAGCUCCUGAAGAUGUUCAGUGUAGAGCUACUCUUUACCCAACUCUACCAAUCAAAGAUCUUGGGCAGACCAUAACUUGCAAUUCAAGGGUUGGACUAGUCUGUGAAAACAAAAUGCAGACUUCCAAACAAGACUGUUUGGACUAUGAGAUCCGAGUUAAGUGCUGCACCUGCCGUCCGAUUACAACUACAACAACUCCUUCAAUAACAACAACUGCACCACCUAUUACCACACCUGUUGUAACAACAACACCUACAACAACCGCGCCUACGACUACUACAAUACCCACAACUCCUUCUACAACCUCUCCUACAACGAAAACUACCCCAGUACCAAGUACUGAAACACUGGUAACAGUGACCACAUCUACAACAACAACUACCAUAACAACAACUGCAUCCCCAACUACGACAACUGUUUCGACUACACCACUUACUACCACAAGCCCAACUACUCCAAACUGUUCUGGAAUAAUGACUUGUGAUUGGUCAGACUGGUUUAAUCUUGGAGAACCAACAACUGGUCCAAAUGGUGGAGAAGAUGAAUCUAUCCAGAAGAUCAUUGCUGCUGGCCACAGCAUUUGCUCAGCCCCAGAAGAUGUUCAGUGUAGAGCUAGUUUAUAUCCCAAUCUUCCCCUCUCCGAUGUAGGACAGGCUGUUACUUGUAAUUCAGUUGUCGGUCUUGUGUGUCAAAAUAAUGAACAAGGACUCAAGCAACAGUGUUUGGAUUAUGAGAUCCGAGUCAGGUGUUGUUCAUGUCAUCACACUACAUCUACAACCUCUCCUACAACAAUUACGACCACAACAGUUCCACCAACUACCACCCCAGUUUCAACAACCACUCCCACAAAAACCUCACCUACUUCUACUACCAAACCCACAACAACGCCUUUUUCAACAACAACUACACCACCAAGUAAAGCCUGUUUGGGUAUAAUGACCUGUGAAUGGUCAGAUUGGUUUAAUCUUGGAGCACCAACAACUGGUCCAAAUGGUGGAGAAGAUGAAUCUAUCCAGAAGAUAAGAGCUGAUGGGCACGACAUCUGCUCAGCUCCUGAAGAUGUUCAGUGUAGAGCUACUCUUUACCCAACUCUACCAAUCAAAGAUCUUGGGCAGACCAUAACUUGCAAUUCAAGGGUUGGACUAGUCUGCGAAAACAAAAUGCAGACUUCCAAACAAGACUGUUUGGACUAUGAGAUCCGAGUUAGGUGCUGCACCUGCCGUCCGAUUACAACUACAACAACUCCUUCAAUAACAACAACUGCACCACCUAUUACCAGACCUGUUGUAACAACAACACCUACAACAACCGCGCCUACAACUACUACAAUACCCACAACUCCUUCUACAACGAAAACUACCCCAGUACCAAGUACUGAAACACUGGUAACAGUGACCACAUCUACAACAACAACUACCAUAACAACAACUGCAUCCCCAACUACGACAACUGUUUCGACUACACCACUUGCUACCACAAGCCACACUGAUCAAAACUGUUCUGGAAUAAUGACUUGUGAUUGGUCAGACUGGUUUAAUCUUGGAGAACCAACAACUGGUCCAAAUGGUGGAGAAGAUGAAUCUAUCCAGAAGAUCAUUGCUGCUGGCCACAGCAUUUGCUCAGCCCCAGAAGAUGUUCAGUGUAGAGCUAUUUUAUAUCCCAAUCUUCCCCUCUCCGAUGUAGGACAGGCUGUUACUUGUAAUCCAGUUGUCGGUCUUGUGUGUCAAAAUAAUGAACAAGGACUCAAGAAACAGUGUUUGGAUUAUGAGAUCCGAGUCAGGUGUUGUUCAUGUCAUCACACUACAUCUACAACCUCUCCUACAACAACAAUUACGACCACAACAGUUCCACCAACUACCACCCCAGUUUCAACAACCACUCCCACAAAAACCUCACCUACUUCUACUACCAAACCCACAACAACGCCUUUUUCAACAACAACUACACCAACAACUACAGCCUGUUUGGGUAUAAUGACCUGUGAAUGGUCAGAUUGGUUUAAUCUUGGAGCACCAACAACUGGUCCAAAUGGUGGAGAAGAUGAAUCUAUCCAGAAGAUAAGAGCUGAUGGGCACGACAUCUGCUCAGCUCCUGAAGAUGUUCAGUGUAGAGCUACUCUUUACCCAACUCUACCAAUCAAAGAUCUUGGGCAGACCAUAACUUGCAAUUCAAGGGUUGGACUAGUCUGUGAAAACAAAAUGCAGACUUCCAAACAAGACUGUUUGGACUAUGAGAUCCGAGUUAGGUGCUGCACCUGCCGUCCGAUUACAACUACAACAACUCCUUCAAUAAAAACAACUGCACCACCUAUUACCAGACCUGUUGUAACAACAACACCUACAACAACCGCGCCUACAACUACUACAAUACCCACAACUCCUUCCUCAACCUCUCCUACAAUGAAAACUACCCCAGUACCAACCAAACUGCUCCAAACUGUUCUGGAAUAA